GAACCCCUCUGACUGCCGGGAAAGGGGUGUGGCCAGCAAGUGAGCCCGCCCUUUUAACCAGCGCGUCAUCCAACCACGGAUAUCUUGCUGCUGUGAGUACCCGUAGAAGCAUCUCACGAACCGGCAGUCUGGGGGAACAGCAGAGCGUUUCCAGGUGUUGAAAAUGGCAGAAAAUGGGGACAAAGAACAAAAGUUGGAUAGUGAUACAAAGAUCUGUGAGCAGAUUGAGUACUAUUUCGGAGAUCAUAACCUACCUAGAGACAAGUUCUUAAAGCAGCAGAUAUUGCUGGAUGAUGGCUGGGUUCCUCUUGAAACCAUGAUCAAGUUCAACAGGUUAAGCAAACUGACAACAGAUUUCAACACCAUCCUUCAAGCACUUAAAAAAUCUAAGACUGAACUCUUAGAAAUAAAUGAGGAGAAAUGCAAAAUUCGAAGGUCUCCUGCAAAACCCCUCCCUGAAUUAAAUGACGAAUACAAAAAUUCUCUCAAGCACAAAUCUGUUUAUAUUAAAGGAUUUCCCACUAGCGCAAUUCUAGAUGAUGUCAAAGAAUGGCUCAAAGACAAGGGUCCUAUUGAAAAUAUCCAGAUGAGAAGAACACUCCAGAGAGAAUUUAAGGGCUCCAUCUUUAUCAUUUUUAAUACAGAUGAUGAUGCUAAGAAGUUUCUGGAAAACCGAAACCUAAAGUACAAAGACAACGAUAUGACAGUCUUAUCACGGGAAGAGUACCAUGCAAAGAAAAAUGAAGAGAGGAAGUUAAAUAAGUCUGAAGAAAAAGCCAAAUCAAAGCAGGUAAAGGAAGAAGCACAGAAACAAGCUGAGGAUGCAGAAAGGAAGCUUGUAGAAGAAAGGGUGGGCUCCCUCCUGAAGUUCUCUGGUGAUCUGGAUAAUAUGACAUCUAGGGAAGACCUUCAUGCUCUGUUUCAGACCCAUGGAGACAUUGAAUGGAUUGACUUCAGCAGGGGAGCUAAAGAGGGAAUUGUAUUGUUUAAAAUGAAUGCUAAAGAAGCACUGGACAAAGCUAAGGCUGCAAACAGUGACAACCUCAAGUUAAAGGGCAAGGAUGUAAAGUGGGAGCUUAUUGAAGGCGAUACAGAGAAAGAAGCUCUGAAGAAAAUUCUGGAAGGGAAACAGGAGUCCUUUAACAAACGGAAAGGCAGAGAUGGUAGGAAAUUCAAAGGAAAAGGACGUGGUGGCAAAGGAAAUGACAGCUCUUCAAGAAAGAGAACACAAUUCCAAGGAAAAAAGAAAACCUUUGAUAGCAGUGAUGAUGAGGAUGAUAUGGAAGAAUCGGAGAGCCCCCAAAAAGCAUCAGUAAAGGCAGAGGAAUCGGCAGGGACAAAAAAUGGAGCAGCUGCUGCUCCAGGAAGUCCAAAGAAGAGAUCACUUGAUGACAAAGCAGAGGACGGUCCUGCAGUCAAACAAUCCAAAACUGAAGUUGGGGAUCAGUAAUGUACUAUAAUGCCUUUUGGUUUUUAGAUUAUUUUUUUUUUUUUUUUUUAUAAGUUAAAAACUUCAGAUCCAGAAGUCGGUCUAGAGCGAAUCUAAUGAAAUCCAUUUCAAUAUCAACCUGCAAUGUUUUUUUUUCUUUGUUUGUUUUUUUAACUUUAGUUUUGUGGGUGCAUGACAGUCCUGUAGACUGCUAUCCUGCAUUUUAUUUUUAUAUAUUUUGUUUAUAUAAACAUGUUUCCAUGCUAGUAGCAAGGGAUCAUUGAAUUGAAACCCUUAUGACAUGUACUAAUAUAUGUUAAUAAAAAGUGGUUCUAGUCUGGCUUUGUUUAA